CGUCCUGUUCUUUUUAUAGCUGGGCAGUUGAAAUGUGAGGGGUCACAAUGGGAGGAUAAAUACAAGGGCCAGCGAGCUAGAGGGCCGUCGCAGACGAAGGCAGGAUCUUCUCCCUCCCUCUCUCUCUCCUCUCAGCUCUCCUUCCAACCUCAAAGUAUCAGGAUGCCUCACGCAUACCCCUUCCUCACUCCUGAGCAGAAGAAGGAGCUCAGUGAUAUUGCUCUGAAGAUUGUGGCUCCCGGCAAGGGAAUCCUCGCCGCUGACGAGUCCACUGGCAGUGUCGCCAAGCGCUUCCAGAGCAUCAAUGCUGAGAACACUGAGGAGAACAGGAGGCUGUACCGCCAGCUCCUCUUCACCGCUGACGACCGCAUCAAGCCUUGUAUUGGUGGUGUCAUCCUCUUCCAUGAGACCAUGUACCAGAAGGCUGACGAUGGCAAGUCUUUCCCACAGUACCUCAAAGACAGAGGCAUGGUGGUGGGCAUCAAGGUCGACAAAGGUGUUGUCCCCCUGGCCGGAACCAACGGCGAGACAACUACCCAGGGUCUUGAUGGACUGUAUGAGCGCUGUGCCCAGUACAAGAAGGAUGGUGCUGACUUUGCUAAGUGGCGUUGUGUUCUGAAGAUCACCCCCACCACUCCCUCAAAACUGGCCAUUUUGGAGAAUGCCAAUGUCCUUGCUCGCUAUGCUAGCAUCUGCCAGAUGCACGGCAUCGUCCCCAUUGUUGAACCUGAGAUCCUCCCUGAUGGCGACCACGACCUGAAACGGUGUCAGUACAUUACCGAGAAGGUUCUGGCUGCCGUCUACAAGGCCCUGUCCGACCACCACGUCUACCUGGAGGGCACCCUGCUCAAACCCAACAUGGUUACCGCAGGACACUCCUGCUCACACAAGUACAGCAACCAGGAGAUUGCCAUGGCAACUGUUACUGCCUUGCGCCGCACUGUGCCCCCCGCAGUCCCUGGAAUCACCUUCCUGUCGGGUGGUCAGAGUGAGGAGGAGGCCUCUGUCAACCUGAACGCUAUGAACCAGUGCCCACUGCACAGGCCCUGGGCCCUGACCUUCUCAUACGGCCGUGCCCUGCAGGCCUCUGCCCUGAAAGCCUGGGGUGGCAAGAAGGAGAAUGGAAAGGCAUGCCAGGAGGAGUUCAUCAAGAGAGCUCUGGCUAACAACCUGGCCUGUCAGGGAAAAUAUGUUUCCUCAGGAAGCAGCGCUGCUGGUGGAGAGUCCCUGUUCGUGGCUAAUCAUGCUUAUUAAGCUGGGACACCCUUUCCACUUCCUUGCCACCAUUGUUACAUCUUAGAAAAGGCAUGUCAUCUAACGAAAUGCCUAUGAAAUUCUCUCUACACUUAUAACCAGAGCAACAGUAACAGUAGCACUUUCAUGGCAUCUGGAGAGAAAGAUAAGAAAACCUUUCCUUUGGGUUGUUGCUGCAGAUAGGAGAUUCUGAAAAAUGGUCUGCCUCCAUUCCCUUACCUUUUAUUUUUGAACACCUUUUUUUUCAGGUGAAAAUUCUCAUGCUGUUUUUACACAUCUUGUACUCUAUUCCUUGGUCUGCUUCCACCCAGCCUAGUGUAUAAUUUAUACUGGUGCCUCGGAAUAAAGAAUUUACCCUACCA